AUUGUAUACACACCUAUAGUUUAACACGUUUUCCUCCCCAUACCCUUUUUACUCCACAUUCUAAACUCGUCAUGGCAAGCCCAAACAAACCCAAGGAUAAAGACAUCAAAGUAACUUUUGAAGACCAACAAAAGAUCAAUAAAUUUGCCAGAAAUAAUGCAAGACUUCAAGAUUACAAAGAAGAGGUGAAAAAUAAAAAGAAAGAGCUCCAAAAUGUAGAGGAUGCAGAAAAUGACCUUUUGAUGAGAGAAGAUGAUACAGAACCUGUUCCAUAUCAGAUUGGUGAAGUAUUUGUAAGUUUUACAACAGAUGGAGUAGGAGAAAUGUUAGAAAAAGCCAAAGCUACUUUAGAAGAGGAGAUCAAAACCAUAGAAAACCAGGCUGAAUUUCACAAAAAGAUACUCCAAGAUCUAAAAGUUGAGCUUUAUGCUAAAUUUGGAAAUGAGAUUAAUUUAGAGGCUGAAGAUGAUUCAUAGCUAUUGAACUCACUAAUAUAAUUUGAGACCAUUUAUAAAUAAAUUCAUUUCUGGUU